GUGCAUGCCCAGGCAUGGAGGCUUUGCCGGCGAUCGUCGCAAAGAAUUCAAACACGGGUCGAAUAAAUACCCUACCGAUACUACACUAAACACUACAUGAAGCUCCUGGGCCGCGUGCAAAAACGGGUCUCGGCUAGAUGGGCAGUGUCUCCUCAGCCUUACUUGUUGCUGUAGCGUUUAUCAUUGGCGCUCUCCUCUCAGUUCCGUGUAACUGGUAUGCAGGCAAAUCUUGGAUUCCCUCCCCACCUUUGCUCCCACCUCUGCUCCCUCAAUUAAGAGAUCUUGCAUGGUCGAUCGUGAGCUCUCUCGUCGCUGCCACUCGCAAACUGGCCUUCAGAUCGCAGCGCUGCCUGCAAAUAUGGGUGGUUGACGUGAACACCCCGGAAGGCAUCCCACGAUGCCUGCCCACACACGUUCGCCCGCAGGCAACCUUCCCGACAUUGACGAGUCUUCGCAUCCCUCGCCGCUGCUCUCCAGCAACUUCGAUCGGGCCACCCUCGAGGCCACCGUACCGUUUGCCGACAGGAGCAUAUUCGUCGCACCCAACGGUCGCCGUUUCCUUUUCGAGAGCAUCCCGGACGGAAGCGGGGGUGGAAAUGGAAAAGGCCUCGAGGACGCAUCCCGCCUCUCACCGACCACGCCAGCGAUAACACCUCCUCCCCGGGGGCGGGCACCGGAACCAACCCGUGCAAGCACCCCCAAAGAUUACAGCGCUCUGAAUAGCACCCCGAUACGAAGGAGACCAGUCUCCAACAACUCGAACUCGCCCCUACAUUCUCCCUCGGCACGAGCCGACGACACACAGCUGAGGAGCGACAGCGCUGAGCCGAACGCUCUGGCGCAGGAGGUCUUGGAGAUGAUGGGCGAUCUCAAUAUCAAUCGCUUCAGCGCAACGCCCUUCUUUGCGCAUUCCGACGGCGGGGUUCAAGCUGCCGAGACUCUCACCGAUCCGCACCCAGUCCCAGGCUUGCCUAUUCCUCGGUCUCCAGUUUCGCCGGCUGUCACACUGGCUCGACCCCCCUUGGAUGCGUCUGCAUACUAUCAUGGCUUCUAUUCGGCACGAACUCACAUGGAGCCAAGCUAUGCGCCUCAAGGCCCCGUGCUGAGCGGACGGCUUACAAACGUCAACUUUGGUUUCCAACAUACGCCAGCAGCAGACGAUCUUCCCGAACUCCACCAACAAACGAGCCACGGGUCCGGCAUUACGCACGUGUCGACUCGCCAGUCGCUAUUAGAGCAGUCGAUGCCCAUCUCGCCUGCCAUCCCCGCAAACCCGAUCGUCCUCUCGUCCUCCGGUUAUCAGACGCUCCAGUCGCCUGUCGGUCCGGGUUACGCAUCGACCAUACCUCAAAUACCACCUCCCACGGACUAUACCUAUAGCCUUCACAAUGAUUCGAGGCGAGCGAAUGGAAGCUUUUCAUAUAGUAUUCAAGAGGAUGGCGGGGGUUUGCACCCGUCCUAUUCCUCAUAUAAUGUGGCAGAUGACGGCAGGGGGAGGAACAGGGUGAUGAGCCCUUUCGACACCCAGACGCCGGUUGUUGUCAUUGAACCCACGCUCGAUCCGUCCUCUUACUCGAGUAGAUCGGACGGGGCUAGUACAAGUCGAGAUAACGUGCUCCCCGGAGAGGAGGUACUAUAUGACGGGCGAGUCAGGCUUGCCCAGGGUCUUUCCGCGCCUUUCGUGGACGGCUCACUAAAAGUAUUCCGCAACACCCUAUCAGGUGACCUUCGAUUCCAUUGCAAGAUUGGAUAUGGAUCUGAGACGUACUGGGUGAAAGGCACCCACGCACAGAUUGUCCCUGUGUACGCUUACGAUCAGAGAUUUCCGAACGUCGUGUAUGUACGGGACAAUGACAGCGAGAAACGCAACGGCUACGCGCAAGCCACCCAAGGAAAUGGUCGGCCCAGCGAAGUGUACCAGUUUGCCAGGUUUCAAGAGCUCUGCGAAUUCCAGGCCAAGCUUACGGGCGAAAAAGUCGUUCUCGAUAUCUCUAGCGUGAAGUUGGUGAAACUGAGCAAGGCCCACAGCCGGUCGAAUGAGACAUUUUCGAGCGUUAGGGUACAGAUCUGGCAUGAAGAAGAGGCGCGAAGGUCCUCGCAGUCCGAUGUAGCUUCUUUUGUCACCGCCGGGACCACGCUAUCUGGACCGCUCCGCGACCGACUUGUUCCAAGUACGUCGAGGUUAAUGGUGUACCUCGGAAGGUUGGACGAAUACAUCACAACUUUCAUAACGGACGACAUUGAAGUCGUAGCAGAGGGGCAGACGAUGGUCAAGAUCAAGCCGAGGAAAGGGGGCAGCGUGUUUAAACGCAGCGGCUCGCGGUGGGCAGGUGUUAAAGCACACCGAGAAGCAAAAAAGGGGGCUGAGCCCGCAGGCCUGGACAUCCGCUGCCAGAGUACCGACCCGGACACUAUCUCCUCGUUUGACCUUUAUGAGACAUUCGAAAUAGAGUUUGAGAGCUCGCCCAGCCAGGACAAUUUCAUCCGGAAGUGGGAAGAGGUCAUGAAGGCACGAAGACUACAACGAAAAGCACUUGAGAAAAUUAAUGAGGAGAUACGGCAUGCCACAUUCUCAGCAAAGACAGCUCGGGAAAUCUGGUGAUGGGCGAUUGUUUAUACCACAGGAUCUUGGGGUUGGGGGGUUCAGUCUUUUUUUUUUUGGAUGAUUUUGGGGGACCAUCUAUUAAUUCGGGCAUCUAGGAGUGGAGGGCGUUUUCAAUGUUCCAUGGAUGAUGACAUUGCGAAUACCAAGUUUCUGACCGAGAGACACGAGCUCGAUAUGGACUACUCUUUAUGAGUUGGGUUGCGAUGCUAAAACCUCAAGAGCCCCCAUUUGCACAAUUGCCCUUGCUUGUAUUGUACAUACAUACAUACAUAUCUACCUUGGUAACUACAUUUUCGAAUACCCGUUAUUCAGGGCCCAAAAUGACCUUAAUUUCGG